UGCAACUAACCACAAGACAGUCUUCUCCGGCAAGCCCAACAAUCUGGUCCCUCUUUGACCAUUGCAUGUUGUUCAUUUCUCGAUUUUUUUAUAUGAAAAAAACCUUCAAAUUGUGAUAUUUACACCCAUUUAGUUAACUUGCUUCUUUACACUUUUUAUAAUCAAAGUACUUAGUCUCGUGUUUAAUUCUUUGUGUUUUUAAAGCAGUUGUUUUUUUGUGAUUAUCAUCUCUAAUCUAUUAGUCUAUAAACUGCUAAAUUCCGAUCGAUUAGCACUUGUUUAUUUUUUAUUUAUCAGUAAAUUAUAUACAUACAGUGAAUUUUAGCAAUUUCGCAUUACAUAUCAGAAUAAACUGAGUUAAAGAUUCAGCAGCAGCUCUGGAGUACCGUAACAUCCAACAACAAAGCUAGAGAGAAGGAUAAGUUUACUUUUUUCCUACACCAUGACGACAGAAAAAAUAUUUAAGCCCGGCAGUCAGCUAGCGUUGAUAGAAAAGGCAAAAAGAGUACCUCCUCUGAAAAUAGGCAAGGAAGAAAUGAAAUUUGAACCUGAGGAUCUUGACGAUACUUAUAAAGAAAAAGCUCUCAAAGAACUUAGAGAAACUUCAGAAAAUAUGAAACAGGCCUUGGAAGAAAUUAGAAAACAGAUCGCAGCUGAACCUGACUUUGUGAUACCAAAUGAAGAUGCAUUUUUGCAUAAGUUCUUACGUCCAUGCAAGUGGCACGCAGAAAGUGCUUUCGAAUUGAUGAAACGCUUUUACAAAUUCCGUCAAAAUAAUCCAAGAUUUUGCAAACAAUUAGAACCAGAAAAUGAGAAGACUCUGUUGUUAUCUGGAAUUUUAACGCUACUUCCAGGACGUUCUGACGGAUGUAGAAUUUUAAUAAUAGAAAGUGGUAAAAAGUGGAAACCGAAAAUUGUAUCCUUGGAUCAAAUAUUCAGAGGAGUGAUGUUGGCUCUAGAAGCUGCAAUGUCUGAACCAAAAACUCAGGUUUCAGGUGUUCGAGUUAUUUUAGAUAUGGAUGGUCUUUCUCUUAGCCACGUGACGUAUUUUACCCCUAGUUUUGCUAGCGCUGUUCUAGAUUGGGUACAAAGAUGUUUACCUUCUCGUCUCAAGGGCGUGCACAUUGUAAACCAACCAUACAUAUUCAACAUGGUUUUCGCUAUUUUCAAACCCUUCAUCCAAGAAAAACUUAGAAAGAGGAUACACUUCCAUGGUACAGACAGGGCUUCUUUACUGACACACAUUGAUGCUUCCAUUAUGCCAACUAGAUAUGGUGGAAAGUUCGAAUUACCAUCUGAACCUAUUGGCGAAGGUCUCUUCGAAUACUUCAGUCAAUUUGAAGAGGACUUCCAAGAAAACUGCAAGCACGGAUAUCCAGCUAAAACCUAAAGUAAGCUCCAAUAAACAGCAAGUGGAGUUAAAUAAUAUAAUCGUUUGAUUUUCAAAUUUGCAAUUUGAAGAUUCAAUUUUCACCAUAGUGAUGCUGUCUUAUUUGAUGGGCAAAAAAGCGAUCAAAGUCUGUACAUUCCAGGAACCCACCGAAUUUUAAGUUUGUUUAUAUAAUAUAUAAUAUAUAUGUUAAUAAACACACGAAUAUAUAAUUAAUGUUAGAAAAAUAUGGAAAGAUUCUAGAAAGAAAACGAUCAAGGUGGCCAAAAAGGCAGUUCAGUUGAGUAAUGUAUCUUGCUUUUGCUAAGAAAAAAGCAUUGAGAUAAUUGAAUAUUUAUUAUCAGAAAAAAUAUUUUAAAUAGAUCCCAGUAUUUGUUGUGAAGUAUAUAUAAUAUAUGAAAAGAGAGUUUCAGUCAGUUUCGAUGCUAAUCUAUAUUUCAUUUCAAUUUUAAGUUUGCAUAUUAUUCCAAAGUUCUUUAUCUCAAUGAUUUUUUCAAUAGUGAAAUUAAUUAGUUUAUAUUUAAGUCUCAGAUAAUUAAAGAGUAACUUUUGGGGAAUAACCCAAAUUAAAAACUUAUUCCAUUACUGUAUUCCAAUACUUCUUAUAUUUCUUCAGCUUAUGUUUCUAUCAUGUAAUAAUAAACAAAUGGUAACAC